AUGAAUCCCCUUAGUGCCAUUCUCCUUUUCCUACUCGCCCGUCAGGUUAUAGGGGCAUAUAACCUCGUUGAUCACUACCACCCAAACAAUUUCUUUGCAAAAUUUGACUUCUGGACGGCACCAGAUCCCACCAAUGGCCACGUCAAAUACCUAUCAGAACGCCAGGCACGCGCCGCCGGCCUAGUCAAAGAGACGACCAUGAACGGCUAUCCCAUCGUCCGCUUGGGCGUUGACCAUACCAAUAUCACCCCGACGGGCCGACCCAGCGUCCGCAUCGCCAGCAAGAAGUCUUACAACCAAGGCCUGGUGAUUGCCGAUUUCCUCCAUGUCCCCAACUCGACCUGCGGCAUCUGGCCUGCCUUCUGGAUGGUGGGACCUUCAUGGCCCACGACGGGAGAAAUCGACAUAUACGAAGGCAUCCACUUAAACUCGCACAACGGUAUGGUAUUACACACGGGCCCCGGUUGCACCAUAUCCAAACGAAGCAACUUUGCGGGGGAAAUCCAAACGUCUAAUUGCGACGUCAAUGCUCCAGGCCAAUAUAUCAACCAGGGCUGUCGGAUUGUGUCUGAUAGCCCACACUCGUAUGGACACGGGCUGAAUAGUAUAGGCGGUGGUGUAUACGCAACGCUGUGGACGGCAAACUCGAUCAAAAUAUGGUUCUUCCCCCGCGGCGUGAUUCCAUGGGACAUUGAGAAUGGUUCCCCAAAUCCCGAUUCCUGGAAUACAGCGCCCGCUGCGGUGUUUGAAGGGGCCUGUAGAUUUGAUGUGAGCUUGGUGAACUUGAAAAUUGUGAUCAACACCACCUUUUGUGGGGAUUGGGCGGGAGGUGUAUGGGCGUUUACCGAUGGGUGUGCAUCGCGCGGGAGGGAUUGUGCCGAUUAUGUCACCAAUAACCCUGCGGUGUUCAAGGAUACUUUUUGGGCAAUUAGAUAUAUCAAAACUUUCGAUAGGGGGUCCUAAAGGGGAUAUAACAUUUCUGCUGAGAUCAAGGUAGAGAGAGAUAAACUUUACGUAAUGGAAUUUUCUUCUCACAUUUAGUUAUUUAAUCAUGCGAUUAGCGUUUCG